CUCAAUUCUUGAAUUGCCAACUUUGGUUUUAUCUUUAAUUCAUAAUUUCUCCCUCUGUCUGAUCGGUAUUGUAUAUUAAUAAUAAAACUCCGAGCCUCAUGUUUAUCACCGUCUUGUCUCGCGGUCUCACAAGUUCAGGUGAGUUCUCAAUUCCCUCAAAAAUUGAUACUGACAACUUCUCCAGCUUCAACCGAUGAUGCAGCAAUCCCACCUGAACCUUCAACUGCUUCGCCAGUAACAUGGCACGUAAUCCUCUGGAUACUCCUCUCCCUCUCCAUAAACUCCAUGGCCCAACCCACCAGCAAAUUCUGCGGCAUCCCCUCCCGCUACCGCCUCUACCUAGCCAGCUCACCCAUCCUCUGCGUCGCCGACGCUCUCUCCGCCCUCAUCCGCCUCAUCACCCUAUCCAUCCGUCUCCCCAUCAAGCCCCGUCAAGCCUUCCAACUCGUCGUCCACGCAAGAUCAGACCCCAUCAACAGCGAAGACAAAAAACCCCCUGAAUCCCAAACCUGGCCCCGCUACCUCUUCUUCAUCCUCGGAACCCUGCCCGCCGCCAUAAAACUAUCCUCCUUCUCCGGAACACCAUGGACGCAAGUCUGGGGCCUGAUGUUCGCCACCUCCUUCAUCGUUACAGAACUCAUCACCCUCCUCGGGCAUCCCCACCCCCACCCCUCCUCCUCCGACCAACCCACCUCCACCUCCACCGUAGAAGCAAUCCUCGCCCUCUCCACCCUCCAAUGGGAAACCUCCACCCACGCCCCGAUCCGCACCAAAACCCACUCCCUCUUCCAAACCCUCUCCAAACUCGAAACAACCCUCUUCCUCACCGCCCUGCUAACGCACCUCGGCCUCCAGAUCUGGACGAUCCACACCCUCUGGCAACCCGCCUCCCGCGUCCUCGAGACCGCGCCGCUCGCGCGCGGCAUUGUAACUUGGGUUACGUUCGCCAUUAGCCUCUAUCUUAUGCUCACGUCCCUCGCCUGGCUGGUCGCUUCCUGUUUCGGGCUCCAGGGCCAUGUAGCCCGAUUUUGGACUUUGGCGUGGAAAGCUGAGAUUGCGGCUGCGCUGCUACCGCAUCCGCCGAGCCAGAACCAUGGAAGUGGAAGUGGGACUGGAAGCACGAUCCCGCCGCCGCCGGGGUGGGUGCAUCGAGCUGGGAGCGCGAUGGCGAUUUGGGCGUACUUGGUGGGGAUGAUUUGGUGUGGGUAUUGGGUGUUGGAGAGGGUUGUGGGGAGGUGGGAGGCGGUGGGGAGGGUACUUUUACUUGAUGCUAGGGGGGAGGAGGAGGAGAGGGGGGUGAGGGUUGAUGAGAAUGCGUAUCUAUGUUUUUGGGUGUUUUUGGGAGGUUUGGGGAGUUGUGGGUUGUGGUAUGCGUUUUUGUAUGAGGAGGUGGGAACGGUGAAUCCGAGCUGGACUGAUGUUUUUGGGUGAUGGUUUUUGGUGUUUUUUGUUUAUGAGGAAGUAAACAGACGGACAAGCAGUUACUUGACUUCUUGAUCUCUUUUCCCCUACACAAAUUUAGUGCAUUUGGAGAGCGAUUGAACGAAGAGCUUUGUAGCCGAAACCGUCGACUUGGCUCUUCAAGUAUCACGCCACAUAUCGCUUUCUCAGCUCCCCAGCUUGAGAAACUAUUUCAGAAUAAAAUCCGCGACAUCCAACAAAGCAAUGAUACUUCA